AUGGGAAGCGGCGGUAAAGUCGGCAAAACACCACAUACAAUGAACAACCAACAGUUCGCUCCUUACCAGCGAAGAACUGCAAACAGUGCUCAUAGAGGUAGAAGCCCUGCUAAAUUCUCGUCCACUCAGUCCAUUGAGUCAAGACCCAAACGACAAAGAGGCGCUAACACCAGCACACCUGUUGAUAGGAGGUACUCUCCACACGCUGCCGCAAGAAUCCGCGCAAGGCGUCUCCGACAACAAAUUGAGCACUUUGAAACGUUGGCGUCUGUUAUGCGAGCUCAAAUGGAGGUUUUGGCAGGUCUGGUCGAAAGAUUACAUCCUACAGCUGCAUCCCAAGAACAAGUGGGUGUUCGAGCAGCCGAAUCUCGCAGUCGGCCGACUAGUCGUCGUCCAAGAAGACAACCUUCCCUCUCACCAGUAGAAGCUCGGAAGGAUGGAAGCCGUUUAUCUUAUAAUCCAGGACAACCUAUUAUUUCUCGUGCCUCUGUGAAUCAUAGUUCAUCGAAUGACGAUCAAAUUAUUCUAGCCACUGCAGUCAUAACCAUUCAAGGAAAAUCUGGAGAUUAUCAGCUGGCCAGAGCACUGUUCGAUUCCGGUUCUCAAGUCAACUUUAUAACCGAGGAACUUGCACAACGACUGCAAAUAAAAAAAGAAGCGAAAACUCUAAACCUAAUUGGCAUUGGUGAAACAAACUCCACAGUACGGCAAAAAUUACAUGCCACUGUGAGAUCACGUAUUAACUCUUAUGAGUUUUCUACUGAUUUUUGGGUAAUGCCUUCAAUCUCCACUUACCAACCCGACAAAUUUGUGUCAAUGAGUAAUUGGAAUGUUCCUUCCAAUCUUUCACUUGCUGAUCCACACUUUCACAAAUCGCAAAAGAUAGAUCUUCUACUUGGUGCCGAAAGCUUUUUCGAACUGUUGUCGAUUGGACAAAUAAAACAAGGUACUAAUUUUCCAACGCUCCAGAAAACAUUACUUGGAUGGAUUGUAUCUGGAAGAUUCAAACAUGCCGAAAGCCCCAAUGCUAAAAUUUGCAAUCUAAUAAGCUCAGAUAAAGAAAAGUUGACAGAUGACUGUUCCUUAAACUCUCUUGUACAAAAAUUCUGGGAAUUAGAAGAAAUUCCUAAGGAGAUUAAGGUUAAGAAAUAUACUGCGGAACAACAACUUUGCGAGACAAAAUUCGUCAGCACUGUUCAACGUACACUGUCUGGCAGGUUUAAGGUGAAACUCCCCUUUAAAUCUGAUCCAAGUCUUUUAGGAUUCUCAUUCCAGGCAGCAAAAAGCCGUUUUCUAUCAUUAGAGCGCAAACGUUCUCAAGACUCCAUCUUACAGAAUCUCUAUAUGGAUUUUAUGAAAGAAUAUCGGAACUUAGGUCAUAUGACACCAACCAACGAGAAUUUUUCUGCAACCCCUCACUACUUCAUACCCCAUCAAUAUGUUCUGCGACCACAGAGCACCUCUACUAAGCUUCGGGUUGUAUUCGACGCGUCAAGUCGAACAUCUUCGCAGAUGUCAUUGAAUGAUCUACUAAUGGUCGGCCCGAUCGUGCAAGAUUUAUAUUCAAUUCUGAUUCGUUUCCGCAUGCAUAAGUAUGCAAUAACUGCUGACAUUGUUAAAAUGUACCGUCAAAUUGAAGUUGACGAGGCAGACAGAACUUUCCAACUUAAACUUUGGAGAGAAAAUUCGUCCGACGAACUGAAGGUGUACAAAUUAAACACUGUGACUUAUGGUACGUCAUCUGCACCAAUCCUAGCUUCUCGCUGCUUAACCCAUUUGAGCGAUAUUUAUCAACUUACUUAUCCUAGGGAAGCAAACUCAAUACGCAAUGACUUUUAUGUCGAUGAUUUGCUUACUGGAUCUGAUAAUUUUGAAAAUUUAGAAACAAUUCGAAAAGAAGUCAGUUAUAUUCUCAAUGAAGCAGGAUUUCAAUUAGCGAAAUGGUUCUCAAACCACUCAGCCUAUGAAAGCACCGAGCUGUUAGAAAAACCGUUGAAAAUCAAUGACAGUGAUAUUACAAAGGCCCUUGGAAUCCAUUGGUUGCCAAAGAGUGAUAUUUUCAAAUUUCAUUUAGAAGAAAAAUUCAAUCAUUUACGAGCCAGAAAGAGAAAUAUAUUGUCGGUUUCAGCUCGACUUUUCAACCCCCUCGGUUUAAUUUGUCCAAUUAUCACUAAAGCAAAAAUAUUGUUGCAAGAACUUUGGCUUCAAAAACUUGAUUGGGAUGAAUCGAUACCUAUGCACCUUGACACCAGUUGGCAAGCCAUCAAAGCGGAUUUAUCUUCACUGGAUUCUAUCGCAAUUCCACGGUUUCGCAGACGCCUCGAUAAGAGCUUAUGGCUGUUGUAUUUACAUCCGAACUCGCGACUCUAA